UUAUUGGCAACCAAAUCUAACGUUAUUGUCAGCGGUCAUGUUUUGGUGACAGGUACUGUCAUGUAAGAGCCUUGCAAAGAUUUAAUAUAAUGUAGCAUAAAAAAUCACCGUUCGAAAAUUUCCCAAUGAAAACAAACGUCGAUAAUAUCCCAGGACCAGUAGAGCCUAGGGAUGAAUACGUAGUGAAACUUCCGGUUAUAUUGGCCCUUUACACCAUUCUGCACAUAGGCAUGAUAGUGACUGGGUUUUACUACCAAGAUGCAUGUCCUGUGGAUCCACAAAUUCCACUCUUUCUCAUAUUACAAGGAAUAUUUGGCCUUCUAUCCAGGAGUUUUGGUUCCGUAAGAUAUGUGAUCACCCACAAAGACUGGUUCUUCAUAUUUCUGGUGAUUUCAUCCUUUCUCUAUGUUGCAGAAUUGAUAGUAUUCUUCUUAGGUUCUUUCUGGGUCUACAAAGAAGCCAUGCCAAGUUUCAACGAAAAAGACACUGAUCGUUAUUGUCAUAAAGGCACAUAUCUCUUUGCUUUUUGCUACAUCUCCAUUAUGUAUAGUCUCAUGAUAUUCGCGGCAUUUUUUCUUUGUUGCGCUCUUUGUCUAGCACCUUCACUUGGAAUCAACAAGGUUGCUCAGACUAAACCUUGGCAAAUUGUGGUGAUAUAGUCGAAGAAUAUAAUAUAUUAUUUUACUAGA